GCUAAAGUUCGCAGUGGAGACUGCUCAAAAGAAGAGAAAAGAGCAGCAGCGGGACGCUGAACGACCACGCAACACUUUCUGCUGACGUCUCACACUCAAAGGGGUUGGAGAUGCCGAGCACUCGCUCACAGGGUCACGCGCAGCCCACUCUGGCCUUCCCCAGGCGCAAAUCUGGCAGGGUGGCACCCAAGCCCAAAAGAAACCCAGCGGAGAAGUCUGAGCCCGCUGAACCCGUCAAGAAGAACCCAGUUCGCUUGUCACCGCUGCCAUCGACACGGGAGAAGCCCGCCGCGCUGUCGCCUAGACGACCAGAUGCCAGAAUCGACCAGUUGUCGCCGGUGCGACCAGAUGGGGUCCCAAUUGCGAGGCUUCCCCUCAGCCCGCGAAAACGCACCGGUGACGACAACGCCCUCAACACGGAUGCCGCUCUGUCUGCGUCUCCUCCAAAGCAGAACAAAGCGUCACCGCGGAUGCUGAUGUCGUCACCGCGCCGUUUACCCUUUGACGAAAACUAUCCUGUCUCGGAUCGUCGUAAGCCGACCCCGUCUUCUCCUGUCACCGCCUCAUCACCGAGGCGACAGGGAUUGGUCUCGGGAAGUCCGGCGCGGCCGAGCCCCGACAAGAAGUCGUCAGCGGCGGCGUGUCGGCCCCUUGCCGAAAAGGGCGGCUUGGUGAGCGUGAAGCAGGCGCUGCACACGGCCGUGCCCGAGCGCCUCCUGUCCCGAGAGGCGGAACGGGCCGCCAUUCGCACGUUCCUGGAGGAGAACGCCGUGCGGCGACGGCCCGGCAGCCUCUACAUCUCCGGAGCGCCCGGGACCGGAAAGACGGCGUGUCUCAACUGUGUCCUGCGUGACAUGAAGGAGGAGUUGUCGCAUGUGCAGACGCUGGUGGUCAACUGCAUGAGCCUGCGCAGCUCUCGCGGCAUUUUCCCGCUUUUGGCCAACAAGCUGAGCGUGUCCGAUGGUCCCAAAGGUCUGCAGAGACACCUGACCGAGCCCGGACCCGCUGUAUUAUUGGUUCUGGACGAGUUGGACCAGCUGGACAGCAAAGCCCAGGACGUCCUGUACACCAUCUUUGAGUGGCCACACCUGCCCAAGUCCAGACUCUGUUUCGUCGGAAUCGCCAACGCUUUGGACUUGACGGACCGCAUCCUGCCCCGUCUUCAGGCCAGGGCUCAGUGUCGCCCCCUGCUGCUCAACUUCCCGCCAUACAGCAGAGAGCAGCUCAGCGCCAUCGUCCAAGACAGACUCGCGCAGGCGUGUGCGGGCGGCAUGUUGGACGCCGCGGCCGUGCAGUUUUGCGCUCGGAAAGUUUCUGCCGUGUCGGGAGACGCCAGGAAAGCUUUGGACAUCUGCAGGCGAGCGGUGGAGAUCGUGGAGUCUGAACACAGGAAGAUGGCGGACCAUCACACGGCUACAGAGUCGAGCGUGAUGGCCGGCGUUCCCCAGGUGGCGCGCGUCCUGUCCGAGGUGUACGGCGACCGCAUGGCGGCGUGCGCUGGCGACAAUGGCGAAAGUUUCCCACUCCAGCAGAAACUUCUGGUGUGCUGUCUGCUCAUGCUGGUGCGCGCCGGCAAGAGCAAGGAGGUGCUCCUCGGGAAGCUCCACGAGGUUCACAGCCGCCUGUGCUCUCAGCGCCAGGUGGGCGGCGUCAGUCAGUCGGAAUGUUUGUCGCUUUGCGCACUCCUGGAGAGUCGAGGGGUCUUCGCACUCAAGAAGGCCAAAGAAGCUCGACUCACCAAGGUGUUCCUGAAGAUCGAGGAGCAGGCGGUGGAAAACGCUCUGAAGGAUCGCACCCUGGUCGGCAGCAUCCUGGCGGCAGGACUGCUGUGAAUGUCUGCGCCGCUAGCUUCUUUUAAACUGUUUUUUUUUUUUUUUUUAAUUCUCAUUUUUGUUGAGAGUGGUAGGUUUUUUUUUUUAAGUCAGUGUUUGUUCUCAAGUUACACUGUUGGAAAGUUAAUUUUAAUCUCCCCCAAUAUAUUGGAUGUAUGAGCUUUCGAAAUGGACGCUGUUGAAUGUGUGUUAGUAAAAGCAAAUGGUGGAUUUGUUUAAAUGUUCGUUUUAUUCACAACUUUAUAGUAACGUCAAAAGUCAAGUGAAGGAAAGUGUCAAUGUAAACAUGAGAGGGCGUGUACUUCCUGUUCUGUCGGUGACGCUACGUUCACGCACACCAGAAGUAGAAACUCAAAAUGGACUUGGAAAAAAAAUUACACAUUUAGUGUGGUGUUGAAACAUUCUUUACAUCUAAAUUAAAAACAGUGCUAAUUAGCAAUAGUUUCAGUUAAAGGCUUUGAAAAUGCACUUAUGUUUGUUUCUCAAGUCAAACACA